CGUGACCGCUCUUCCUCCACCAGGCGGCGCCGCUGGACGUUCUGUUGUCGAGGCUUCGGCGCAGCCGCACCGGUUCCCCCGACACGUCCCCACCUUCGCGUCUUUUCUGGAGAGCGCGGGAAGGCGAGUGCUAGAGUGGUGACGACACUGGGGUUCCCCGCACGGCUCGCGGGGCGGGGCCGGAUUUGAAAUUAGACCAGUGCUACAAAAAAGAAAAAGUAGUCGCAGUGCACUCAGAGGUACCGGAUCUGUCUCUUGCUUCAACAGUGUUUGGACAGAACAGACCCAGGGACUCCCCUUCUUCCAGCCUCCAGCCACUUUCCUGCGUCUCAUUCAGUCACCGCCUUCAGAACCACCUCCAGGACACUGGUUUUUUUCUACCUUAAUUCCUUAUUGCUAAACAACCAUGAGCUCCCAAAUUCAUCAGAAUUAUUCCACCGAAGUGGAGGCUGCGGUCAAUCGCCUGGCCAACCUGCAUCUGCAGGCCUCCUACACCUACCUCUCUCUGGGCUACUAUUUCGACCGUGAUGAUGUGGCUCUGGAGGGUGUGGGCCACUUCUUCCUCGAGUUGGCAGAGAAGAAGCGUGAGGGCGCUGAGCAUCUCUUUAAGUUGCAAAACAAGCGUGGCGGCCACAUUCUCUUCCCGGAUGUGAAGAAACCUUCCCAAGAUGUCUGGGGCAAAACUCAGAAUGCCAUGGAAGCCGCCCUGGCCUUAGAGAAGAACCUGAACCAGGCCCUUUUGGAGCUGCAUGCCCUGGGUUCUACCUGUGCAGACCCUCAUUUCUGCGACUUCCUGGAGAACCACUUCCUGGAUGAGGAGGUGAAACUGAUCAAGAAGAUGGGCGACCACCUGACUGACAUCCGCAGGCUGGCUGCCCCCCAGGCUGGGCUGGGCGAGUAUCUCUUCGAAAGGCUCACCCUCAAGCACGACUAGUAGCCUUUGGAGCCCAGAGGCCUUACAGAGGCCCCUCUGCAUCCCCCUGUUGUCGUUGGCUUUUACUUGAGCCUCUUCCUGAAACUACUAGCCAUUGUUUUAACCCAGGGGUCCUCAAACUGUGGCCCGUGGGCCACAUGCAAAUACAAAUAUUGUAUUUGUUCCCGUUUUGUUUUUUUACUUCAAAAUAAGAUAUGUUCAGUGUGCACAGGAAUUUGUUCAUAGUUUUUUUUUAAACUAUAGUCUGGCCCUCCAACGGUCUGAGGGACAGUGAACUGGCCCGCUGUUUAAAAAGUUUGAGGACCGCUGUUUUAACCACUCUGGAGCCCUCUCCAAUGCAUUGGACCAAAUGAAACAAUAAAGUUUUU